CUACCUGGCCCAGUGCACAAGGCAGGGCUACUCUCGGGAAUGCUAUGUGCCCCCUCCGGGAGCCCACGCUCCAGCGCUGCUCCACCUUGCCUGCUCCCCACCUACUUUUCCAUGACCCUGGGCUGCGGCCGCUGCCCCGCUGUCCUCCGCAAUGUUUCCUAGCCCUGUGACAACGACGCCCUUCUCGGUGAAGGAUAUUCUGAACCUGGAGCAGCAGCAGCAGAGCGGCCUGGGCUCCAUGGAGCUGGCCUCGCUGGCCUCCCCGUCCUGCAUGCUGGCCAGCUUCAAGCAGGAGGCGUUCAGCGCCGAGCCCCCGGCCCUGGCCGAGCUGCGGGAGGAGCUGCCCGAGCCGCCCCCCGGAAAAACCGCGGCCGCCUUCCCCGGCUCCUACUACGGGAAAAGCUACGUGGAGAUGGACUCGGCCAAGGAGGCCAAGGCGGACAAGAAAGAGCUGUGUUCCCUACACAAGAGCCUGGAGCAGGAGAAAAGAGACCUGGAAGAUCCCGAGCGUCCCAGACAGAGGAAAAGGAGGAAACCUCGCGUCCUCUUUUCUCAAGCCCAAGUGUACGAACUGGAGAGAAGGUUCAAGCAGCAGAAAUACCUCUCGGCCCCGGAGAGGGACCAUCUAGCCAACGUCCUAAAGCUCACCUCCACCCAGGUGAAAAUUUGGUUCCAGAAUCGAAGGUACAAAUGCAAAAGGCAGAGACAGGAUCAGACGCUGGAAAUGGUGGGGAUCCCUCCCCCGCGGCGGAUCGCCGUGCCGGUGUUGGUGCGCGAUGGGAAGCCCUGCCUGGGGGAAUCUUCCCCCUACAGCUCGCCCUACAAUGUCAGCAUUAACCCCUACAGCUACAACGCCUACCCCGCGUACAGCAACUACAACAGCCCCGCCUGCAACGCCAACUACAACUGCAGCUACCCCUCCAUGCAGCCCGUGCAGCCCUCGGCACCCGCCAACAACUUCAUGAACUUCAGCGUGGGGGACUUGAACUCCGUGCAAACGCCCAUCCCGCAGGGCAACGCGGGCAUCUCCACCCUGCACGGCAUCCGAGCCUGGUAGAGCCGCCCGUGCCAGCGGCAUCGGGACACUGCCGGCGGGAUCGGGACACUGCCAGCGGGAUCGGGACACUGCCGGCGGCAUCGGGACACUGCCGGCGGGAUCGGGACACUGCCAGCCUGCGGGGCUGGCUCAGCGGGGCAUCCCGGCGGAUCUCAGCGGUGUGGUGCCCAUGGACGGGCUGGGUUUGGGUGUUUGCGGUGUUUCGUGCGGGGCCAGGCAAGCACCGGCGGGGGAUGCCCGCAUUUCCCGGCCCCUCUCGCUGCCUUCCACCCGGCUCUUCACCCCGAUAAUUCCCCUCCUUCCUUCCUACAAACUAGCCGGUAAUUCGCGUGACUUGUUCCCAACAACACCCAGCCAAGCCCUGCAACUCCCUCCUUUUUUUUUUUUAAACUUUUACUCUAUACUAAUUAUUAUUGACAUCCACAUUUAAUUUUUGCACUUCCCGUACGGUCCCCGCUGUUCGGUCAGUUCGGCAUCUCGGCACCCCCAGGUGUCCCUUGCGAGGCUGGGCAGGGAUGAGGACAGACAGACUCCCGAGGGACACGGACACUCCGGCCCGCCAGGUCCCGUAGGGUUCUGCACUAAAACGUGAGUUAGCAUGGAAAUGCACUGUCCGCCCCUUGGAACGUGUUGCCCUUUUCUGUACAAGCUGACGGAGAUCAGCGAGUUGUCAUUAAAGAGAGUGGCUGAA